CCUUGCUGAUGCCAAGCUGGGUACCAAAAGCAAGCAAGCCUGCCUCUUGGCCAAGGUGCUCCACAUUUGGGGUUCCCCGAGUCCACUUGACAAUUAGAGAAAUGGUUCAGGGCAGCACCUCCUUGAUGUCUGGUGUGUUUUGGGGGAAGCUUUGGCGUGUGGUGUCCAACCAUUUCCCAAGUAGAAGCUCACUGCUAAACUGCAACAUGAAAGCUAGACUUUUUCUUGCCUUAUUCGUACUGUGCACCAAGAGGUGCUUAUCCAAUGGAACAGCGGAAGUUUCAUCUGAAAAUCUCUGGCUUCUCAAUGACACAGAUCAACAGUAUCCUGAUAUUAUUGCUCCAGAUCCAUUUGAAGAAACCUCUGCUCCAGCGUUCUCCAUGCACAAUUUCACUGAGAAGAUCACCAACUUUGGAUUCAAUCUCUACAGGAAAAUUGCAAUGAAACAUGACAACAAUGUCUUCUUCUCUCCAUUGUCCAUGUCCUUCACUUUGGCAGCCUUCUUGUUGGCUUCCAGUGGGGAAACGCACAACCAAAUAGCUGAAUGUCUAGACCUCCACCUUCCGAAUGGAAGAGAGAAUGAGUUUCUAGCUUUGUUCCAACAGCUAAGGGAUAACUUCACUAAGAAUGAAGACUUCACUCUUUUGCAAACCAGUUUCUCUUUUAUCCAGAAAGAUUUCCAAAUCAGGGACAUCUUCCUUAACUUGUCCAAGCAAUACUUCGACAUGGAAUUUCUGUCAGUUGAUUUCCGCAACUCUACUCUUGCAAAAAACAUUGUCAAUGAGCACAUUAAACAAAGGCUGAGAGGGAAAAUUCCUAUGCUGUUUGACACUUUUGAUCAGCAGACUAAAAUCAUUCUGAUGAAUUACAUUCUCUUUAGAGGCAAAUGGCUGCAUCCAUUUUCUUCCAAGUUCACAGAAGUGGAACCCUUUCAUAUAGACAAAUAUAGGACAGUCCAUGUGCCAAUGAUGUUCAAGACAGAGAAAUUUGCUUACACAGAAGAUAAAAACUUGCAGUGCACUGUGCUCAAGCUUCCAUACAAAGGGAAUGCACACAUGCUGAUUGUCAUGCCUGAGAAGGGGGCUGAUUAUAUGUCCAUUGAAGACCAUGUAACGAGUGAACUUGUGGAGUCUUGGCUCAAAACCAUGCAGACCAGGAAAACGGAAAUUUACUUUCCAAAGUUCAAACUAGACCAGACAUAUUACAUGGAACAGAUGCUUCAAGAGAUGGGAAUUAAAGAUCUUUUCUCUUACAAAGCAGACCUGAGCAACCUCACAGAUCAGAAAUAUGCAAAGGUAUCACAGAUACUCCAAAGAUCUGUUAUUCACGUUGAUGAAAGAGGAACGGAAGCCGCAGCAAUCAGUAAAUCAGAAGUCAUGGCAUUUUCAUUGCCUCUUACCAUCCGGGUGAAUCAGCCAUUCCUAUUCAUGAUCUAUGACGGACAUCUCAAAGUUUUGCUGUUUGUGGGAAGAGUUACCAACCCGAUGGAGCUGUGAAUAUAAGCCAAGCAUUUCUAUUUGGACAGCUAAAUGACUGAUACUACAAUACUGGAAGGACAAACAGUCAGCCUUGAUAACACAAUGGAUUGAGGACCCGUUGACUCUUUUGACCUUUGAACAGCUGGUAUGAGGAUGCCACGUAUGCAUGGAGAAAUACACCAAUGUGGGGCUUAUCUUUGUCGAAACUUCUGCAUAAUUACUACUGAUGGUACCAUGCUUCCAUAUAGAGAUGUAAUAUAUAGGUGUAUAAACUCCAUAUGCAUUCAUUGUAAUUAAUACACCUAACCUUUGUGCAAGAUGAACUAUUUUUAUAUUUUCUGCAUUUCAUUUUAACUUUUGAAAAGCACAAAAAUAUUAAAACACACACACACCUUCCCCUACCUCCCCAAUCUUCCAUUUUGAGUCUGUAGCUUCCAUUUUGUGGGCUGCCUGUUUCUUUGACUCAGUGGAUCAAGAUGGGUCAAAGAAUGGACACAUACCCUCCUUAUCAGCUUUCAGCUGCCAACUAAUUAGUUGCCCAAAUGUAAGCUGGGCCAAGAGCUUGUUAACUGCACCUGUCUGCACCAACACUCCUUUAUAGCAUGUUUGGGUAGAUGAGUUAAAACACGGUAUCAAGAAAUAUAUUGUAAACAGAAGUAUGUAGUGCCAAGUGUUCAUUAAAACUGAAUGACUAGUAGCAGAGCAAGUAAACAACUUGCCUAUAUUAAUUGGACUGAGUCCUUUGUUUGCUAUUCAGACAUUGAUCUCUCAGGCAGCCUUCAUUGACUGACUGCUCCAGCCUGUCUUGUAGUCCAGUCCAUGCUGUGUUAUAAGUAACUGCUGCUAAACCCGUUGAGAGCGAGCUGACUUGCAUAUUGUGCACAAUAAAGAGCUUUCCUCCUA